CUUGGGAGGGACCUGGGGAUCUGGAGGCAGACCUCCAGCAUGGGGUAGAACCUAGGGUAAGGAGAAGUCAGCGUCCACAGCAGCCUCUGCCCGCUCCCUUUCCUCCUAAGACCCUGACAGACACCUUCUCUGCAGUUAAGGUAGUAAUACAGACAUUGUCUACACCUCCUAAGUCCUGGCUCUUAGGAAGCUGAGACAGGAGGAUCAUGAAUUCCAGGCUAGCUCAGGAUAUGUAAUAAGACUGUUUCAAACACAGAGUGGAGCCGAGAAGAUGGCUGGGCAGUCACAGUGCUUGCCAUGCAACCAGAAGGACUGGAUGGAUGGCAGAGAGGCAAUCCAAGAGAAGAAAGAAUAAGGCGACUCAGAUCCCCAGAGUGCACAUAAAUGCUGGUCUGGAUGGUGGCCCACCUGUAUUUCAGUAAUUGGGAGGCAAUGACAGAUCCAAGGGGCAAACUGGCUGGCUAGACUAACCACACAGUGAGAGACCCUGGGCCAGGAGAGCUUCCAGGGAAGAUAUCUGACUCUGAGAAUAUGCAUGUGCUCAUGUGUGGACACAGGCCCACCACACGCACAGGUGUGCUCCUGUGUAAUCCCACAGUGCCUCCAGAGAGCCAUGCAGACACUUCUUCAUCAGCUCUUCCACACACGCCACCCCACCUUCAUUGUCUUGCACCUGCUCCUGCAAGGACUAGUUUAUGCGGAAUAUACCUGUGAAGUCUUCGGCUACUGCCAGGAGCUGGAGUUCUCUCUGCCUUACCUUCUCCUGCCCUAUGUGCUGCUGGGUGUGAACCUAGUAUUCUUCACCCUGACUUGUGCGGCCAAUCCUGGCACCAUCACUAAAGCAAAUGAAUCAUUACUUCUGCAAGUCUAUAAAUUUGAUGAUGUGAUGUUUCCAAAGAACUCAAGGUGUUCCACUUGUGAUUUAAGGAAACCAGCCCGCUCCAAGCACUGCAGGGUAUGUGACCGAUGUGUGCACCGUUUUGACCAUCACUGUGUUUGGGUAAACAACUGCAUCGGGGCCUGGAACAUCAGGUACUUCCUCAUCUACCUCCUGACACUGAUGGCUUCUGCUGCCGCCAUAGCCAUCAUGACUGCUGCCUUUCUGCUCCGCCUCGUGGCAGUGUCGGGUCUAUACCAGGAAACUUACCUUGAUGACUUGGGGCAUUUCCAGGCUGUGGACACAGUCUUUCUUAUUCAGCACCUGUUCCUGGCUUUUCCAAGGAUUGUCUUCCUGCUGGGCUUUGUCAUCGUUCUGAGCUUGCUCCUGGCUGGCUACCUGUGCUUUGCUCUGUACCUGGCUGCCACCAACCAGACCACAAAUGAGUGGUAUAAAGGCAACUGGACCUGGUGCCAGCACUGGCCUCUGGUGGCCUGGUCCCUAUCAGCUGAGCCCCAGAUCCACCAGAACAUUCACUCCCAUGGGUUCUGGAGCAACCUUCAAGAGAUCUUUCUACCUGCUACCCCCAGUUACAAGAAAAAGAAGAAAUAGAACGGGAAGUGUCCUGCCUUUUGAAUACAGUACACAUCUAUUUGUACAUGUG